AUGACGCAGAGUCUCGAGUUUGCCGAGCAAGCGCCUACGUACGUGUACCAGAACGUGAGUUUCCGCGCCACGGUCAAGCUCGUGGACGAACAGGGUAAACUCACGGGCGUGCGCAAGAACUUGCAGGUGUUUCUGCGGUUCUACGACACGCACGACGUCGUGGAGGAGCGCGAUGCCGCGCUGUACGUGACGUCGAAAGCGCACAUUGACCCGAGCACGGGCCUCGCCGUGCUGACCAUGCGGUUGCGCACGUUUACGGCCACGUGCGACGGUCGUCACUUUUGUCUGGAAGUGUCGAGCACCGACUCGACGAUGGAGUCGGUCUGCUCGGCGCCAGUGGUUGUGGUCAAGGAGAAGCUCCAGGUGACCACACAGCCGCCCGACGUGUGGUUCAAGGACGAAGGAGGGCGGGAGAAGUGCAUGAUCGUGGCGCUGACGCUGUUGCCCGCGCCGGGGGCGACGCUGGAAGACCGUGUGGUGCCGCUGGACGUGCGGCUCUUGUACGAGAGCGGGAACACUGUCGUGAAUCAAGGGAUUCUACGGCUGUUUCCCGACAUGCGGCCGAACAUGACGCGCGGCCACGUGUCGAUUUCGUUCCGGAUUGACGACGUGUCGAAGAACCAUCAGGGACAGUCGUUUAUGCUGGAGAUUGGGCCCGAGCGACAGGACAGCAGCUCGAUGUUUCAAGACAUUGCACCUACGCGGACUGCAGUGAUUGCAGUGCGGUCGAAGCGGAACAAGAGGAAGCUGAGUGCGCAAGCAGCAGCGCUGUCGAGAGGGCAUGGCUCGAGGGUGUCGCCUCGGAGCGUGGCAAGCUCGACGCCUUGUACGACGACUGGUUCUACUUUGUAUCGCGUGGGUGGGACUACGGGCGGGCACGAGUUGCAUGGAGGUGGUGGAGGGAGUGGAGGAGGAGGAGGAGGAGGGAUUGUCGAGACGCAUCCGCGACGGGCUCGCAAGUAUGUGGCUGCUAGUAGCGUGGCGAUGGCGUGCGGCAUGAUGCAUCACCCAUUGCCGCAAUCCGCAGCGGCUUUGUCCUGGAGUAGCCACUUGAUGCAGCAUCCUGCCGCUGGCGUAGUCGCUCCCAUGCCGCCAUUGUUGCACGAUCAGCAUACGCCUGUGCACACGCCAGCAUCUGGUGCGGGCAAUAGUCCGGGAUCUGUGGAGUGGUCACUCAGUGGAUUUGAGAUGUAUCCGGAUGGAUCAAUGAACAGUGCACGUCCGAUCUAUCGGUGCCUCCACUGUCGACGACUGAACGACAUCGACAUGUUAGCGGCAGGUCCUGCUGUAUCGCAUAGUCCGCAGUGUGUCUUUGCUCGCGAUGAUAGUGACAAUGGAAAUGUGAUGUAUUGCUCUGAAAUGGAAGGAACGAUCAUGAGUCAGCAGCAUCCGAUGCAGCUACAUCGUGGGUAUGCAGCUCAUCAGCAGAUGGCCGAACAGAGUAUACGUUUCACUGCUGCACCUCAGACUUCCAGCAUCAAGACUAGCUCGUACGGUAACAGUGCCGUGGUGGAUACGGCGGCGCUGAACAUGCAACAUAAUACUGUCAAUAUUACGUCCAAGCCGGGAGACGCAUCGCCCAAGACGCUAGCAGCUUAUGCGACAGCGUCAACGGAGCGACCUUCCAUGACGAUCUCUCCAUUCAUGAACAAGGUUGCGACGGAUGGAAUGGUGCCGGGGGACAAUGAGCAGAACGAGGGACACACGUCAGUAAGCGGCAAUUUAUUCGAGAGCAACGCGUUCCACAACCAAAUGGAGUUGAUCGGCAACAGUUCGGAGAAGCCAUAUUUGGGCAAGAACGUUGCAGCAGAGGUUGACCCGAUCCUCAGUCGACGACACGAAUACACAGGCUCGUCCUUCGGAGGUGUCAUUGGCACGUCUGCAUUCAGCGAAAUGACUAGUAUGGGCAUCAAUCUGGACCAGUACGAUAAGGGCGAGCCCCAGCUGCUUGGUGGGUUUGGCGGUUUUGGUGGUGACGGUGCCGCGGAGGCUCCUUGCGGCGAAGACCAAGUGUUUUACAUAUUGGCUCGGAUGUACACAAACGUGCACGAACAGAAGCUCGGGUUACCUGCCUUCGACCGGUUCCAGCGGAUGCUUGGACUAUACAGCGAAUCUAAUGACGACGUUCAGACUCAGGUCGUUUUCCACCCGCUGCGGGAUGUCUGCUUGUCUGAUGAGGAGCGUGAGGAGAUAACGUCCCAGUUCGUGGACGAGCUGGGAUGCGACUCGCAGGCCGUGCAUUCGCUGCCCAAGUAUCAACACAAUCUUAUUAUGCUACGCGAGGACGCGCUCAUGUUUUACUGGAGCCAGUCGCUCGUGUGA